AUGGCUUCGUACCAGACGCAUCUCAGCCUUCUCCGUGAGACCGCUUCGCUAGACCCUUCAGCCCCUGCCUUUCGUGUACCGCAACUUGACCAUGUGUCGAACGAGAUUCGAACAUGGGAGGUCAUAACAUACUCCCAGUUUGAAGCGCAAGUUAACUAUUCUGCGAGGUACUGGGCUCGGAUACUGGCCAUCGAUGGUAUCCUACCCCAAUCUGUUGUCGGUGUAUGGCUCGGUGGAAUGACGUAUUUUGAUGUCCUCCAUAUCUAUGGUCUGUCGAGAGCUGGCUAUAUCCCACAGCUUUUCUCCCUGUGCCUCUCUAAUCCCGAUGUCAUCUACGAGCUCCUGCAGAAGUCUAAAGGGAAGGCAAUCAUAUAUGACUCGUCAUUUCACUCUCUUCUGUGCCACAGCCCUGUCCCGACACAUGCCGCCGUUGAUGUCGACUGUUUGGAUGUGGAGGAUACGCCAUUACCCUCACACACAGCGAAACACCGUGGCGACGACACUGUCAUGAUAUUCCACACCUCUGGGUCGACGUCUGGUUGUCCGAAGCUUGUUUCUUGCAGUUACGCAUGGUGGGAUACGAUUAUUUCCAAAGCGGGCCAGGUCAUGAAACCAGUAUCGCACGAGAAACACCGUCAGGAUGUUGCAGUAUGGAUGGGAAGUAUGUGUCACAUUGGCCAGAACUUCAUGCUACUCGGUGCACUGCAGCACGCCUCUUGCAUGAUACAGUCCACCCAACAAGCGUUUUCCUCCGAAGAGCUUGUCGACAUGAUUGACCGUUGUAAUCUUACGCGCAUCAAUCAGUUUCCUACAUACCUCGGCAUCCACCUUCGGAACUCCCGUCGGGAUCCUAAACUUCUGUCACAUUUGCAGGCAUUGGAUGUCAUCUUCGUUUCUGGGCUCAAAUUGUCCCCCGAGGACGAAGAAUGGGUUCAGAGAAGUGGUCUCAAGUUGAUGGACUGCUACGGAAGCACAGAAUGUGGUGCUAUGAUGAUAUCCACCCCAGGUGCAAGCGGGGCUGCACGCCAGGUCCUCCGACCUAUCGCGGGGAUGGCCUAUUCAUUCGCACCUGUAAUUUCCAGCGUUCAGGUGGAAACCGGAUAUUGGAAUCCUAAUUCCCCAUUGCUGGAGAUGAUCAUUCUUGGAGAAUCACCGGACUGUCCUGAUCGUUCGCUGCGCAGCGCAGACGGAAAUUAUCAUACCGGCGAUCUCUUCUCAGAGGUCUCGCCAGGAUGUUACGUUUUCCGUGGACGCGACGACGAUUGGAUCAAGACCGAGAACUCGCUCCGAUGUGACACCAAAGCGAUCGAGGAUAAUGUUCGCACAAGCUGUGCGCAUCUCGUCGCUGAUUGCGUUGUCGUGGGUAAUGGGAGGCCAUCCCCCACCUUACUCGUGGAGCCUGCGGCAGGUGUGGACCAUGAAGUGAUGAAGAAGGAGAUCAUUCGGAAAACCCGGCACUUCCAUUCGCGGCGUUAUAUUCACGAACGUAUCACAUCGUCCCAUUACAUUCUGGUCGUUCCUCCUGGUUCGCUGCCACGGACGGCGACUAAGGGGAACAUCCGGAGACGUGCUGUCGAGCAGGCAUUCAAAGCAGACCUUGAUCGGAUCUACCGAGUGGCUUAUUGA